GCUGCAAAAAUGAUUACUUCAGAUUUGCCAGUACUACAGGAUUCUACAAAUGAAACUACUGCACAUUCAGAUGCUGGCAGUGAGCUUGAAGAAGCAGAAGUCAAAGGAAAAAGAAAAAGGGGCCGUCCCGGCAGGCCUCCAUCUGCCACUAAGAAACCCCGGAAGUCUCCAGCGGACAAGGGGCGUUCCGACGCUGGAGCUCGAGGAGCGAGUCGUGGGAGAGCCAAUGGCCACCCCCAGCAGAAUGGAGAAGGGGAGCCUGUCACUUUGUUUGAGGUGGUUAAGCUGGGAAAGAGUGCUAUGCAGUCUGUGGUGGACGACUGGAUUGAAUCAUAUAAACAAGACAGGGACAUAGCACUUCUGGAUUUAAUCAACUUCUUUAUCCAGUGUUCAGGAUGUCGAGGUACAGUAAGAAUUGAAAUGUUCAGGAACAUGCAAAAUGCAGAAAUCAUAAGGAAAAUGACGGAAGAAUUUGAUGAGGACAGUGGUGAUUAUCCCCUGACCAUGCCUGGGCCUCAGUGGAAGAAGUUCCGCUCCAACUUCUGCGAGUUCAUCGGGGUGCUGAUCCGGCAAUGCCAGUACAGCAUCAUCUACGACGAGUACAUGAUGGACACGGUGAUCUCGCUGCUCACCGGCCUCUCCGACUCGCAGGUCCGCGCCUUCCGGCACACCAGCACCCUGGCUGCUAUGAAGCUUAUGACUGCUCUUGUGAAUGUUGCCUUAAACCUGAGCAUUCAUCAGGACAAUACACAGAGGCAGUAUGAAGCUGAGAGAAACAAAAUGAUUGGCAAAAGAGCUAAUGAAAGAUUGGAGCUGCUACUUCAGAAAAGAAAAGAGCUACAAGAAAACCAAGAUGAAAUCGAAAAUAUGAUGAACUCUAUUUUUAAGGGUAUAUUUGUUCAUAGAUACCGUGAUGCUAUUGCUGAGAUUAGAGCUGUCUGUAUUGAAGAAAUUGGUGUCUGGAUGAAAAUGUACAGUGAUGCCUUCCUGAAUGAUAGUUAUUUAAAAUAUGUUGGUUGGACACUACAUGACAGGCAAGGUGAAGUGAGGUUGAAGUGUUUGAAAGCUCUUCAGAGUCUGUAUACCAACAGAGAGUUGUUUCCCAAACUGGAGCUGUUCACUAAUAGAUUCAAGGACCGCAUUGUGUCCAUGACCCUGGACAAGGAGUACGAUGUCGCUGUGGAAGCCAUUCGAUUGGUCACGCUCAUCCUCCAUGGGAGCGAAGAGGCUCUGUCCAAUGAAGACUGUGAGAAUGUUUAUCACCUGGUGUACUCAGCACACCGGCCUGUGGCAGUAGCAGCUGGGGAAUUCCUCCACAAAAAGCUGUUCAGCAGACAUGAUCCUCAAGCUGAAGAAGCUCUAGCAAAGAGGAGGGGGCGAAAUAGCCCAAAUGGAAACCUUAUUAGAAUGUUGGUUCUUUUCUUUCUUGAAAGUGAGUUGCAUGAACAUGCAGCCUAUUUAGUGGACAGCUUGUGGGAGAGCUCUCAAGAACUGCUGAAAGACUGGGAAUGUAUGACAGAAUUGCUCUUGGAGGAGCCAGUCCAAGGAGAAGAAGCGAUGUCGGACCGGCAGGAGAGCGCUCUGAUCGAGCUCAUGGUGUGCACCAUCAGACAGGCUGCCGAGGCACAUCCCCCCGUGGGCAGGGGCACCGGCAAGAGGGUCUUGACAGCAAAAGAAAGAAAAACUCAAAUAGAUGACAGAAAUAAAUUGACGGAGCAUUUCAUUAUUGCACUUCCCAUGCUGCUAUCAAAGUAUUCCGCUGAUGCCGAGAAGGUUGCAAACCUCCUGCAAAUUCCUCAGUACUUUGACCUGGAAAUCUACAGCACGGGCAGAAUGGAAAAGCAUCUGGAUGCCUUACUGAAGCAGAUUAAGUUUGUUGUGGAAAAGCAUGUGGAAUCAGAUGUUCUGGAAGCCUGCAGCAAAACCUACAGCAUCCUCUGCAGUGAGGAAUACACCAUCCAGAACAGAGUUGACAUUGCCCACAGCCAACUUAUUGACGAAUUUGUGGAUCGAUUUAACCAUUCAGUCGAGGAUCUACUGCAGGAGGGAGAAGAAGCUGAUGAUGAUGACAUAUACAAUGUGCUCUCCACACUGAAGAGGUUGACAUCUUUUCACAAUGCUCAUGAUCUCACCAAAUGGGAUCUGUUCAGUAACUGCUACAGAUUGCUGAGAACUGGAAUUGAACAUGGAGCUAUGCCAGAACAGAUUGUUGUCCAGGCACUGCAGUGUUCCCACUACUCUAUUCUCUGGCAGCUGGUGAAAAUCACUGAGGGCUCCCCUUCCAAAGAGGACUUGUUGGUAUUGAGGAAAACUGUGAAAUCCUUCCUGGCUGUCUGCCAGCAGUGUCUAUCGAAUGUCAACACUCCAGUCAAAGAACAGGCUUUCAUGCUGCUCUGUGAUCUCCUGAUGAUUUUUAGUCACCAGCUGAUGACAGGAGGUCGAGAAGGGCUCCAGCCUUUGGUGUUCAAUCCAGACUCAGGCCUCCAGUCAGAACUUCUCAGUUUUGUGAUGGAUCAUGUGUUUAUUGACCAAGAUGAUGAAAAUCAGAGCAUGGAGGGAGAUGAAGAAGAUGAAGCCAACAAAAUAGAAGCUUUACAUAAGAGAAGAAACCUUCUGGCUGCCUUUAGCAAGCUGAUAAUUUAUGACAUUGUGGACAUGCAUGCAGCAGCAGAUAUCUUCAAACACUAUAUGAAGUACUACAAUGACUAUGGAGAUAUCAUUAAGGAAACCCUGAGCAAAACCAGGCAAAUUGAUAAAAUCCAGUGUGCAAAGACACUCAUUCUCAGUUUGCAACAGCUGUUCAAUGAGCUUGUUCAGGAGCAAGGUCCCAACCUGGACAGGACAUCUGCCCACGUAAGUGGCAUUAAGGAGCUGGCCCGGCGGUUUGCCCUCACUUUUGGCUUGGAUCAGAUCAAGACAAGAGAGGCUGUGGCCACACUACACAAAGAUGGCAUAGAGUUUGCCUUCAAAUACCAGAAUCAGAAAGGACAAGACUAUCCACCUCCUAAUCUUGCUUUCCUGGAGGUGCUUAGUGAAUUUUCUUCUAAGCUCCUGCGGCAGGACAAAAAGACUGUGCACACCUACUUGGAGAAGUUCCUGACGGAGCAGAUGAUGGAGAGAAGAGAGGACGUUUGGCUGCCGCUGAUCUCGUACCGGAACUCGCUGGUGACGGGCGGCGAGGACGACAGGAUGUCAGUGAACAGCGGCAGCAGCAGCAGCAAGGCCUCCUCCGUGAGGAACAAGAAGGGCCGACCCCCCCUGCACAAAAAGAGAGUGGAAGAUGAGAGCCUGGAAGGCUCCUGGCUGAACAGGAAUGAGAACAUCCAUACUCCAGGGACACUGCAGACACCUCAGCUCACCUCCACUGUCCUGAGAGAGAACACCAGACAAAUAGGAGAGCAGAUCCAGGAGCACGAGUCGGAGCAGGGAUCUGAACAGGAUUUUUUACACAAUCCCCAGAUGCAGAUCUCGUGGCUGGGCCAGCAGAAGCUGGAGGAUCUCAAUCGAAAGGACAGGACAGGAAUGAACUACAUGAAAGGCAGAAGUGGCGUAAGGCACGCAGUACGAGGUCUAAUGGAAGAUGAUGCUGAGCCCAUCUUUGAAGAUGUAAUGAUGUCCUCACGAGGCCAGCUAGAGGACAUGAAUGAAGAAUUUGAGGACACAAUGGUCAUUGAUUUGCCGCCGUCACGGAACCGGCGCGAGCGCGCGGAGCUGCGGCCGGACUUCUUCGACUCGGCGGCGAUCAUCGAGGACGAUUCAGGAUUUGGCAUGCCCAUGUUCUGA